GUGGAAAAUUCCUGGGCUGGUUCAGCCGGCCUUCUGCUAGCUGGUUAUCAGCUAACUACCUGUCAAAACAACGCGUCCGAUUUGUACUGAGAUGCGUUUGGAAACUGUCCGAAAACGCUAAGAGAUUGGCUAUAUCUUGUGUUUUUAUUCGUCCUGAUUUAGCUAGUUGUCUGGGCAUGACCGAAGGUUUUUUGUGAUGAUUCUUAACAUUUUAAUAUAUAACAACUCGACUUGCUAGUUUCCGUUUUGAUAAUGUAAUUUAGAAGUUUCUUUGGUCGAAAUAUGAACGUAUAAGUUGAUUGACGUGGAAGGUUUUCUCGGUGCCGGGUUAGUGCCACCAGUGAUUGCGUUUUCUGAUGGCUUAUUAUUUUUUUAGUGUCUAUCUUUGCUUCUAAGCUACUCUUAUAACGUGUUUGUUUUCGAAGUUAAACAAGCUAUUGACUUGUAUUGACUUGGGUAGUUCUCGGAACAGUUGCAGGUAGAUGCGAUGAAAAGGUGAAAAACAUCAGAAUGGCAGAUGUUAAGAAAUGCGAUGCAGGACGUGCGGAUUUUGUCUUAGAUAUCACCAAUAUUAAUCUCAGGAUCUCAGGAAUCACUUAAACUGAAAGUGAGGUUUUAAACAGUUUAUAACAAGCAGAAUGGCAGUGGACAGCGGACAUGGUGACAGCAGCGGAGACUGGGAUGGACGCUGGAACCAUGUGAGGAAGUUCUUGGAGAGAUCAGGUCCAUUCACCCAUCCGGACUUUGAGCCAAGCACUGAAUCGCUUCAGUUUCUGCUAGAAACGUGCAAGAUUCUCGUUAUUGGAGCUGGUGGACUAGGAUGUGAACUGCUUAAAAAUCUGGCCCUCUCUGGUUUUCGGAAUAUUCAUGUUGUUGACAUGGACACCAUCGAUGUCUCAAACCUGAACCGACAGUUCCUGUUUAGAGCUAAAGAUGUCGGACGGCCCAAGGCAGAUGUGGCAGCCGACUUUGUCAGCAGCCGUAUACCAGGAUGCUCUGUGGUUCCACACUUUAAGAAAAUCCAAGACUUUGACGAGAUAUUUUAUAAACAGUUUCACAUCAUUGUUUGUGGACUGGAUUCCAUCAUUGCUAGGAGAUGGAUGAAUGGAAUGCUGAUGUCGCUGCUAUCUUACGAUGAUGGUGUUUUGGAUCCAAGUUCCAUUAUACCCCUUAUUGAUGGGGGUACGGAGGGCUUCAAGGGAAAUGCUCGUGUCAUUCUCCCCGGCAUGACAGCCUGCAUAGACUGCACCCUGGAACUUUACCCACCCCAGAUUAAUUUCCCAAUGUGCACCAUUGCCUCUAUGCCCCGACUACCUGAACAUUGCAUUGAGUAUGUUAGGAUCCUUCUAUGGCCCAAAGAAGAGCCCUUUGGGGAUGGAGCAGCCCUUGAUGGAGAUAACCCAGAACAUAUUCAGUGGGUGUUCCACAAGGCCCAGGAGAGAGCCUCCGAAUUCAGCAUCACUGGAGUCACCUACAGACUAACACAGGGUGUGGUGAAGAGGAUCAUCCCGGCAGUUGCAUCUACAAACGCUGUCAUUGCUGCUGCCUGUGCCAUGGAAGUAUUUAAAAUUGCUUCCAGCGCUUACAUUCCGCUGAAUAAUUACCUGGUGUUUAAUGAUGUUGAUGGGCUGUAUACCUAUACUUUUGAAGCUGAGCGAAAGGAGAACUGCCCAGCUUGUAGCCAGAUCGCUCAGGACCUGCGCUUUCCACCUUCAGCCAAACUCCAGGAGGUCCUUGAGUAUCUGACUGAGAACACGUCCCUACAAAUGAAAUCUCCCGCCAUUACAGCAACACUGGAAGGAAAAAACAAAACACUCUACCUACAGACUGUGGCCUCCAUUGAACAAAGAACAAGAUCAAAUCUCAGCAAAACGUUAAAAGAACUGGGUUUGGUCGACGGACAGGAAUUGGCAGUUGCCGAUGUCACUACCCCACAGACGGUCCUCUUCAAGCUUCGUUUCACCACAUGAUAUUUUGGGGUGGCACCCAAAAAGUUCCGCUUAAUGCACAAGCAAGAAGCAGUACUGUAAUCAAUAUUCUCCUCCUACAGAAUAUAGGAAGGACACAGCAAUGAAACUUGAACAUAUUUAAAUAUAUUUAAUGCAACUAUGUAUAUAUAAUUAAUGCUGUGGUAAGUUCUUCAUUAUAGACCGUUUUGUAUUAAGCCUGGCAUAUUUAACAUUUUACCAGAAGCAUGGGCAACUCGACAAAGGCUCUGACAUUGAUAUUUCACUUUGAGACAAUUUGCAGUCUGGUCUCACAUUAGACUUGAGAUGAUUUUCUAUGCACUGAAAGAGCAUAAGUAAAGAAUUUGGUGUAUAAUGUAUGUAAGGCUUGCCUUCAGCAGUGUACCUGCUACGUGGCAGGUGUUAAGCGAUGUGUGAAAAUAGUCACUUUGCUUGUAGCUGACAUUUACCUGUAAUUGGUACUCUUGGCUUUCCAAAAUUGUUCAGCUUAAUUCUUUGUGUCUGUACUGGAACAUGUAAAUAGUUUACUGAGGCACUUGUAGAUGCGAGAUUUACUUAAAUUAAACUUUCUGGUUAAACUUUA